AUUUAAGGGACUAGUAAAUAAGUAAUGAGAUUUUAGCGACUAUGUGGCAAUUAGUGAUCAAUAUAAUGGACUAAUAUGCAAUUCCUCCAACCAUGUUUUCUCACUCUGAGCUGGUUUCCGACGAAGCAGCGGCUCCAUUAAUAAAACAGAGCUCACAUUCACAAAAUUUCAGUCCAAAAGAGAGCGAGAUCUGAAUCAAAUGCACAAAUUAGGGAUCUGAGCGCCGCCGUUAGGGUUUUCUUGACUCUCGGCCCGAUGCUGUCUUCAAGCUCGUGGAACCAUCGCAUGAGGCCGAUCUUCUUCCUCCUCCUCUUCGCUCUCUCUCUCGCCGCGGCCGCCGUCGUCUUCUUCCCCUCGUCGGAGUUCUCCACUCGAUUCCUAUCGACGACAUCCUCCUUCAAGCCCUUUUCGACGGAGAAAUCGGUUAUUUGGACGGCCCCUAGGGUUUUUGAGUGGCGGCCUUGCAGUUGGUGGACUCUUGAAGCUUUAACUGCUUUGCCGGAGAGAGCAAAUGGCUACAUCAGAGUUGAUUGCUACGGUGGCCUCAACCAACUGAGGCGUGAUUUGUGUGAUGGAAUUGGGAUAGCUCGUAUUUUAAAUGCAACUUUGGUGUUGCCGAAAUUUGAGGUUGCGGCGUAUUGGAACGAGUCAAGUGGUUUUGGGGAUGUAUUUGAUGUAGACUAUUUUAUUCAAGAAACCAAAGGUUUUAUUGAGAUUGUGAGGGAGCUGCCAAAAGAGAUUGCAUCAAGGGAACCGUUCAAGGUUGACUGCAGCAAGCGCAAAGGACUUUUUGACUAUGUUGAGGCUGUUCUUCCCUCUCUUCUGGAACAUCGCUAUAUUUCUAUUGCGCCAGCAAUGAGCCAACGGAGAGACAGGUACCCUUUAUAUGCCAAGGCCGCCUUCUGCCAAGCUUGCUACAAUGCCCUUCGUCUCAACAAAGCCCUAGAAUCCAAAGCCCUUGAUCUCCUGAACUCCAUCCCAAAACCCUUCCUCUCUCUUCACCUAAGAUUUGAACCUGACAUGGUAGCCUACAGCCAAUGCCAAUAUUCCGGCCUCUCCUCCCAAUCCCAAGAAGCCAUUGAAUCAGCCCGUGGAGAUCGAAAACCAUGGACCGGCGAUUCUGCCCGUAUCUGGAGAGCCCGUGGAAAAUGCCCCCUCACACCUAAAGAAACCGCCUUUAUCCUCAAAUCACUCAACAUCCCAACAAACACAACCAUCUAUUUGGCAGCAGGAGAUGGCAUUAUGGAGGUCGAAGGGUUUACAUCAGUCUACACCAAUGUCUAUACUAAAGCUUCAUUUCUCAGCAGUGAGGAUAUUGUCCAAAUGCACGUGAUGAGGACACUGAAGGGGAAGCACAAGACUUUGUUUUUGAGCAGAAGGGGUUUUUCGGUUCGUAGCGCUGAAGGGAUGAGAGGGGAUGAGUUGAGGGAGGCAAUGUGGAGGGAGCACAGGGAGGAUUUUGUAACUGGUAGGGGUUUGGCUUUGCCUGAUUGUUUCUGUGAGUUUAGAUUGUGAUUUUGAGUUCCAAGUGUUUGGUUUUGUAAACUAUUUUUUUGUCUCUCACUUUUGAAUCUUUCAAAGAAUUUUCAUGUUCCAAAAUCAUGUAUUUGAUUGACUAGUUCUGGUAAAAAUAUGCUGUCUGUGUACUUUUUUGGCUGCGGACAUUACACGAUUUUUUGUUAAGGUUCAUUUGGCCAACAAUUGUAUUCAGACC